CCACUCUUGCCGUCUUGCGCCUAGUCCGCUGAUCAGUAAUCAGUCCUGUAAAGAGCACCUUGGGGUGCUCGUGGUGUGUAAAGUUUGUUGUUAGUGUAAGGAUUCAACUUAUUUAUUGACAUUUGAUUACGGCGAGUAGAUUUGUCAAAAUAUGAAUUGUGCCGUGCUUUAACAGCAAACUCCAGCUUCCGUAAAGGUUAAAUUCAACUUAUAACCUAAUUGUUAUUGUCAUGAACAACGUUUAUCUUUCGAUUUCAAAUGUAACCUCUACAUUAUUUAGUUAAUUUAAACUAUAUUACUAAGUUUUAAUUUGACUCUUUGUCCAAUUAUGGCAUCAGUUAAGGUUCCUGAACAAAAAGUAAUUUUGUGUGGAGAAUUUGGUGUUGGAAAAAGCUCUCUAUUUAGAAGAUAUGCCUUUAAUACAUUUGUAACUUCAACAAACAGGCAGUCAACCCUAGGACUUGACCAUUUCAAUAAAGAGUACAAUGUUAAUGGAAAAAACAUUAGGCUCCAGCUGUGGGACACAGGUGGUAUGGAGCGUGUGGCUUCCAUCACAUCUAGUUACUACAAGUUUGCAGAAGCAGCGAUUCUAGUGUUUUCUCUUGACAAUGCCGCUUCUUUCCAUGUGCUCUCUCAACAUUUACUGGAUAUUGUGACAUAUGCAGAAAAUGCAAAAAUAUUUUUGUGUGGUAACAAGUCUGAUCUUGAAGGUGACACACCUCAAGUCACGGAGGCUGACAUGGAGAAUUUUGGGGAACAGUGUCACAAUCUAAUAAGUGCAACGUUCAAGACUUCAUGUAAGACUGGGGAAGGCAUAGACGAAAUGUUCCACGAUAUAGCUCAACAGUUGGUCCUGUCUAACCGCUCACGUAUGGAAUUACAAGCUGUAGACACAGAGUCGUUUAAAAUAUCUCACAGAGAGGAAAUUGCAGAGGACCCUCCUUGUCUCUGUUAGUCAUAAUGAUUGAGCCAUGAUUAUUCAAAGCAAUAUAAAUACAGGGUGUAAAAAUGUCCCGCACGGGAGAAUCUUCUAUUGUAAUACCUGAUACCGGGCCUUAGCAACAAUCAGUGUUACCAAGGGCAGAAACAUAAAUAGCAGCCCUCCUAUGUAUGUAUGUAUAUAUAAAGCCUGUUCUGGAGUAGAAAACUAAUUAUUAACCUAGUUAAAUUUUUAAAUUUCAGAGAUUAUUCUCCUACAAUUCUCUCUGGGUAUGCCCUUGUACUGUAGACUGUGUUAUUCAAAAACACUACUUCUUUUAUGUGUAGAGUAAAUUAUUAUAACAAUCAUUAUGGCUUAAUUGACCUAAUUAUCAUUGAAAUUAGUGUAUUGUAAAACAAAAACUAGGAGUUUCACUUUUUUGUAUCAAGAUAUUGAGUCAUGAACUGAAGUGUGAUCUCAUACUUUGAAAAUGGUUGUGUAAGAUAGAAUAUGAUGUACUUUAUGCCAAUUACUUGUCUAUAACAUUAAUGACGUUGAAAAUAUAUUUGCCAAAAUGUGGAAUACAGUUCUAACUAUCCAAUCUAAUUUGUAAAUUUUGACAAUCGAGAUCUGAACAUGUCUAGUUAAAUUUUAAAAGCGUUAUCAUCCUUACGGUUAUAUAUUUGUCUGCCCACUUUGAAAAUGAGUCUUGUUGGCAGAAUUGUGCUUUGAGAUACUUCUGUAAUUAUUAUUUAUGUCUUAAGAUAGUUAAAAAUGCCUACAGUUUUAAGUAUCCGAUUUCCCCUGUACGUAUGUGGAAAUGGAAAUCCUCUCUGUGGUUCACAUGAAGUUCCUAAUUAUCAAAUCUGUCUAAUCAGAUGUAUACUCGGAUUAAUUCCACAAAUCUAGACCUUUUUUGUGUAGUUUCACACUAUGACAAGACAAUUCAACAUAUAUUUUUGUAGCCCCAGGGUUUAAGCUGUGCUAGCAUUUAUCACAUUUUGCGAAACAAGCCGAGAAAAUUCGAUGCUGUUGGGGAAAGUUGUCGCAAAAUUUCGAUGAAAGCAAGAAAGAACUAGCCAAAAAAAAGUAUAUUGCAUUUUGAAAAUCAGUAUACAGCGUUAAAAAUAUUGUUUUUCAAUGAUUCUAUAUGAUCAUACAUUUUAUCAUCACAUUUAAUUUUAUGUAUAUAAAAUAUUAGAUAUGUUCCAAACUGUCUGGUUGGAAGAUGCUUGCCUACUCUGGGAUCAAAAAGGAAAAAUAGAUACCUGAGUUUGAACGUUACCAACAAACUAAUAGAGCUAAAUUUAUGGGAGUAACAUUGUUGCUAAGAAAAGUUUCACCUCAGCUUAAACCCUAUUUAGUGUUAUUAUAUAUCUGACAUUGCAAUCUGUCAUAUCAAUUAAAAUAUAUAGUCAUAUGGUUAUAUAGGCAGUAGGAUUGGCUUUUGUGUAAUUAACCCUCCAAGCGUCCAUCAAUGCAAUUUGCUUCUACUUGGACGUUUACUAAGUGCAAUACACACAAAUCCCGUUUAUAAACAUUCACUGCUUAAUUCACUUUACCGGUGUUAUUACCGGUCAAAUCCGUUCAAAAGCUCGUGAGUUUUGAUUUCUCUUUAUCCAUUUAGAUCUAGUGAGACAAGUGAUAUUCAUUUUCAAAUUUAUGUAAGUGAUUUUUUUAAUUUAGUUGAAGCAGUUUCAAGCACAUUAAGGGCAGAAAAAAAUAAUUAAUUUAAUGUAAACAUUAUAAAUUUCUGUAUUCAGAACUAAAUUUUAUAAAAUUUGGCUAUUUUGAUUUCCUGAUAUAUAUAUAUAUAUAUAUAUAUAUAUAUAUAUAUAUAUAUAUAUAUAUAUAUAAAUUUCAAAAACAUAGAUACUUUUUUUUAAACAAAGAUUUUGCAGCUGCUGAUAUAAAAUUCUUUGUUUCACACUAAUACGGUCUGAUUCUACAGUUCUACAGCUAAAAAAUGGUAUACAACACUUUCAAUAUAUAAUUUGAUUGAUUUUUUUAUAAAUUUUACAAGAACCCCCAUGAAAUUGAUGUGCAUCAACAAAAAUAUGGUGACACUCGGAGGGUUUAAUAAAAUAAUGCAAUAACGAUAUAACGUUUGUGUGUGAAUAUUUCAUGAACUGUUCAGUUAGAAAUUGCAAGCUGAAUUUUACAGUAAUUUGCAUGGAUCUUCUUUAUCGUUGGUCCUGGCAUUGUGUAGAAAUGUUACAAACUGCUUACUUUGGUCAAGCAGACACAACUUCUUGAUUAGUCUCAGCUGCCCUGUUCUUGGUCAGUGAAUGAUGGAUGAAAGGUUGCACUAUGUCAUCAGUAGACUCCAUGUUUGAGUGUCCAACAACAGAGGCUUGUAAAGAGAAAUCUCAAACGUUCCAAGAUAAAGAAAUCUGUUUUUUUUUUUUUUAACUGAAACCUCCACCUUUACAUGUGACUUCUUAUUCGGAAGACAUCAAGAGAAUAAAUGACCAUGCUAUCAACUAUUUUAGCUUUUUCUGGCACUGAGAGAGGAUGAAACUGGCCACUUGCUCCAGAUUAAUACUGUACUCUGAUAGGAUGCUCAUUCAAAAUGUCACGUGAACUCUCAUUAUUUAUGAUAUAACUAUGAAUAUUUGACUCAUUAGCUAUUGUAGCUAAAGAAUUAAUCGACUACUGUAAGUGGUGAUGGUAGAGUGUAGGUUUGUUAGAAAAAUCAUACUAGUUACUGAAUUGUAGGGGUCUAUGAGAUGGCUGUAGAGUAUUCUACCGGUGACUUGCUUUGAUAUCACCUGAUGACAGCACUGUAAUUCCUGGGUGGCCACAGACCUGUUAUCCAACAUUAUGUAUUCUUUCUCCAUGUGAAUUCAUUUCACAGAGUAUUUGAAAGUUUUACACAUACUACUUUCAGUGUUUAUUAGUUACUUAAUUAUUGUUUUUCUAACCUGAUAAAGUACAGAAAAUACUUCUUGUAUAAAACGUGUCUUAAAACUGUUUCCUAAACCCAAAAGUAGAUUGUGUUUUAUCGGCCGAGAGGAGAAACUUCACGUCUUUCUGUCUGUCCGCACAAUAUAUCGAGAACAAACUGAUUUAUAGACUUUUGUACAUAAACUCAUUUCUGUACAAACAACAUUAGGUUUGAUGAUGGUGCAUGUCACUCCAUGGGGUUUGGCGGAACAUCAUUGAAACCUAUCGCUCUGUAGGAUAGUAUAAUAAUUUCUCUUUUUGUUGGGGAAUGUAAAAAUGUUUUCUCUGUUUGGUUGUUGUCUGUCAGUUUCCUAAGAUUGAUAAAUUUUAAAUUUUGCAUGCAACCUCACCGAAGUCUAUUAUAUGUCACAUGAUGUGACAUACUCCUACCUUGUUUUAAAAUUUGGUUAGUUAACUUGAAAACCAAAAAUUUUAAUAGUACUAUUUUAUAUCAGCAAAAUAUAUAUUUUGAAAUUAAAUGUUGAAUUACUCAAGUAUGCUAAUACUGUAAGUAGGUCUGAUAGUUAGAGAGAUGCAGAUGAUACUGGCACUUAUUAAGUGAAAGUGGGUACUCAUUAAUCUAGAGCAUUAUAUUAUAUCAUUGCUUUAUUGCAUCAGAUCAAUCAACUACGUAUCUGAUCUAGGUAUUAUAAAACAAUUAACAGUGACCAAAAUGGGAGUCACUGGUAAAUUAUUAGUACUUUUCAUUACUCAUUAAUCAACAUUACUUAUGGUCAUCACUACUUCACCGUUUCAUGAAUGAAUUAUUUAAGGUUCAAAGAUAGAUUUCUUAGAACAAUUUAUGAAACUUUAUCCCAGUACGAUAAGUUACCUUAAUAGCCGCUACCUAAUAUUGGGAAUUAUGGAGUUUUUUAAACAGCUAAAAGCAAAAGAUUUAACCAUAGCAAUCUGAUGAAUUGUUUAAAUACAGUUUUUGUUCCCAAAAACAAACAAACAUAGUAGAAACAUCGGGUGGACUAAUGCUUCUAGUUGUCGAAUGAGACAAUUCAAUUCAUGUGGAUUACAUUAUGUAUUCUCACCCUAAAUACUUCACUGCUCAAUAAUACCUUAGAUAUAUAUCUCUAGACUGCAUACAAAAAGUUUUGAAAUGAUUUCUGUCACAUAAUCUCUAUCAAUUACGGUUUUAUUUAAAAAAUUAUAAUUACCCACUUUUUUCUAGUCUGUGAUUGUAAUUAUGUGCAGGGUGUUCUAGGGUACAAAAGUAUACCAUUUUUAACUUUUUAAAUAUCGAUGAAUGUAAUUUUCUUAAUGAAUGUGUAUUUUAAUUUGAUACAGAGUUAUUACUAAAUGAAAUAGCACUUUUCUGUUAAAACUAUUUUAUGUAAGAAGUAUAAAUUAACUAAUAAUGUUUCGUAUAACUUAACUAAUAAUAUUUUCUAUAACUUGAUUGUUGUUCAGUAAUCAAUCCUUCUUGAUCUAUGUUUUAUUUUGACCAACUUAUACUGAAACAAGAGACUGAAAAAUAUACCAUGCCAUAGGAAAAGAUAGCACCAUUCCAGACUAAUUUAUUAUCCAUAGAUAGAUUACUGUGUGGUCUAGUCAUGUUUUUUAUACAUAAAUCGUAAUAGAUAACAAUGCAAUAUUUAUAAAGUAAAACAAAACAUAGUUUCUAUAAAUAGAUUUUUUUCAUAUUAGAAAAGUACAAAAGGUUGUUUAUUGAGAUAAAUGUUUUUAUUCAAGCACUAAAAAGUAGAAGAUUUAACCUAUACCAUAUAUUUUUUAAAUAGUUUUUCUAAGACAUUUUUAUUAUCAAGCUCAUUUAGUUCAAAUUCUGCAUUUCAACUGUAUGAUUAUAGGACUGGAUAUUUGGAACUGUACUACAUUGUCUCAUGACUGUAUACUGAUCUUUUUAUAUUUUAUAUAGAAUAGGAAAUAAAGUAAUUAAUAUAAUUCAUAUCAAUUUGUCUAUGAUGUUUUUAUAUGAGAAUCAAAAUUUUUAUAUGCUUCAUACGUGUAUUUGACAUAAACGUAAUAUGUCAAUCUUAUUGUGAUCGUAGAGUGAUAUUUACUUACAAACAUUAUCAAAAACAAUGCUUUAUAAACUUAAGGAUGUUUUGAUAGUACUAUCAUUGCUCCCAUUAAAUCAUGAAUCUCAUUUAUUUUUAUCUUACCUCUAUAAUUUGGCUAAGCUUAUUUGUGUAGUAUUUAUAUUACCUAAUACGUAUUAAGAGUCGAAUUUGAUAAAAAUAUUUUUACUGCAAUACCUUAUUAACAACAUUUUAGCAUGAAAUCGUUUCUUUGUUUAAAGUGUGUUAUUGUCAAUGUACAUUAAAUCAAUGUACAACACAACAUUAAAUAUAUUUAUAAUAACUUCUCUUAUUCAAAUAUUGUACAGCAUUGUAUACCUUUAUUUUUAACCCAGUUUAAGUAACAAUUGAUUUGAAAACCAUUUUCACUAUUGUAGAACUUCUAUAAUUAUUAGUUUUGUUGUAUGUUUAAAGUAUUUUAUAAAGUAAUUUCUAAAAUCUAUGUGAGUAAUUUUUUAAAAUGUUUUCUAUUACUUUAUUUGUUAAACAUAUUAUAUAUACAUUAAUAUAUUGAAAUGUGUUUUAUGUGUCCUUUUUAUUAUUUUUGAAGGUAUUGCAGUACUGUGAUUAUCUGGUGCAGAAUUUGUUUUAAUAAUUUAAGCUUACUGUUUGAUAGAUUUAUGACAUUGUUUUAGUAUUAUAAUAGUUGAGUGAUUUAUGCUUUUGCACAAGUUUUAUAGUAUUUAUGCUGUCAGUGUUAAAAGUUGUUUUGUUUAAAAGCUUAUAAUAUUAAAUACUUUAAAUGCAAAUAAAAAA